AUGCCAUACACUGCGCCAUCGAAGCCGUCGCUUUCUGCGCAGCACAUUGAUGAACAUUGCUCUCAGUUUUCUCAAUCCUGUCCAAACUCGCCUCCAUUCAGUGGUGCUCAGGCUAGCCGACCGCAUCUAUCUCGUUUUUAUACUUCCACGACUUACCUCCGCAGGCACCGGAGAAGCUCAUCCAAUAGCAAGACUUUUGCCAUCCCGGGUUCCGAAAAUUCCGUUCAGCCAAACCAUGCUAUUGAUUAUCAUGCUAGUAUCCGACAAUCACCACCUCCAAUCAGUGGGGCUCUCAUCCCUCCUGGGGCUUUGAUAUCUCCUCCUGAAUCUGCCCCCAACUCCAGCGAUGAGGAGCCUGAGGCAGCCGUCAGCUCAAUUCAGCAGAGGAGAGUUUCUUCACCUGAGCGGCAGUCGUCCGAGGAAAAGUCAUCCCCGAGAACGGCUCCCUUCUCUUGCCUAACUCUCUCCAAGGAAGCUUGCGAAAUCUCCCAUUCGCGCUCAUUCACGGCGAACGCUAUUACGCAGAGGCAAGAGGAGGCAUUAACAAGCUCACCAGAAGAGAGCGAUCGGGACGAUGAACUACUGGCGAAGCAACCAAUGGUACGCAAAAAAUCUGGGGAACUUGUGCGACCGGCUCUACGUCCAUCUUCAGCUCGGAGACGCCCGUCAAGCAUGCCAGGAACCCCAACAUAUUCCAAAGCAGUUCACUUCGACUCUCAGCUCGAGCAUAUCCGCCAUUUCCUACAGUUGGACAAACCACAGGCCGUUAGCGCAGAGACAUCACCUGUUGAGGAUUUCAGCAGGGAAGGAGAGUUCCCAUUCAAGAUGGAAGGUUCGGAAGAGCCAUCGUUUGAAUGGGAUAUCUCUCUUUCCAAUUUUCCCAAAGAUUUAUCAUCCCGAGGUCAUCGGCGUGUUCGACUUGAGCAUAUAUCCCUGUCAUUGGAUAAAAGUACGCUCGUUGGUGUGGUCGGGGCUGCUAACCUGGCGUUUCAAAAGCAUGUCGCAGCUCGUUUCACUUUUGACAACUGGAAGACAAUCUCGGAAGUUAACGCAGAAUAUGGCACUACUUCUGACCGAAAGCAAAAGUAUGAUGGCUACGACCGUUUUACCUUCAGUAUCAAGCUGGAUGACCAGGCUCAUCUGGAAAGGAAGACGAUGUUCAUUUGCAUUCGAUACAGUGUCGGCGGUUCUGAAUACUGGGACAACAACGACUCUAAAAACUUCCAGGUCAACUUUAUGAGGAAGCCAAAACAACAGCUUUCUACUCACCGCCAGUCGCCUGAUUCUACACUGGGAUCUCGUCCAAGCCUCCCUCGAAGUAGGACCUUCACCCAUUCAGUCGGCCGCCCCCAGUCAAUGCCCUCAUCGUUUGACGAUUUGUCGAGUCUAAGUGAUUCUCUUUCCUUUGUUCACCCAUCUAAAGACACUGCUGGCCAGGCGUUAUGCCGAAAUGCAUCUCAUGACCUUGAGAAUGGCCCACCUGUACGCCGGGAAAGGCAGCCUCACCAAAUGUUUGGCAAUCGAUAUGAUUUUGGGGCAUCGUUGUCGGCGGUCAUGCGCACCAAGCCAGAACAUGAUCGAACCACUCUGACAGCUCGUGCGAAGUCCGAAACUUCCAGUGCGAAUACUGCAAAUCACAGUCAGCCGGAGGAGCAGGAUUCGAAUGCCCUCAGAGAUAUACUAGCUGAAGAAAGAAACAUCCAACCUGACAAGACUGAAUCAGCCAAACCAUCUUCCCUCAUUUUUGGGAAGCCACAUCGUGAAUCCUCUGUAUAUAAGGAGCUUGUUGACAGAUACUGCUUCUACGGAUCUGCUGCUCAAUCUACGGCCCACGGAACUUGGGUAUCGGAAAAUAUCGAUUCUAGAGCAUCAAAAGAUUUCAAUAGCUCAUCUAAGCAGCCUUCACCUGCAUCAUCUCCAGCUUUAUCACCUCGUAUGGAUAGCAGUGCUCGAAACCCCCCGUCGACGCCACACGCCUUAGGAUAUCCCCACCACCAACCGGUGCCGAACAAUUUUCUCAACGAAACGAAAACACCGACAGCCAUCCGAGGAUGA